AUGGAGGAUUUCAUCUUCUCCUUCAAGACCCAAGAACAUGCACACCACAGAGCAAAACACAACAAGAAGAGGCUAACUGAAGACCAAGUGGCCAUCCUAGAGAAUUGCUUUGCCUCUAACAAGAAGCUUGAACCUGAGCAAAAGUUCCAACUUGCAAACCAACUUGGUGUCCCUCCAAGAAAGGUUGCCAUUUGGUACCAAAACAAGAGAGCUAGGUGGAAGAAUCAAACCCUGGAGGUUGAUCAUGGUGUUCUUCAGGCAAAGCUAGAGAAUGUGAUGGCUGAAAAAGAGAAACUAGAGAAAGAUGUUGAAAGGCUGAAAGAAGAGCUGAAGAAAGCUCAAGAGAUGCUACUUAGUAGCAAUAGCAACAUCAAAGGUGGAGACCAUAAUAAUGCUUCUUGUGAAUUUUCAACUUCUUUUGAGGAGGGUGGGAAUUCAGGGGUGCAUGAUGAUGCUACUCAUGAGUUUUGGCACAAUGCUGAGGUUAUGCAGGAUGAGGAGCUUUAUGCUUACUUCAUGGGUGCAAAUUAUGGGUCAAGCUUGCAUGAGAAAACGGCAUAA